AAAAGUAAAGAGACUAAUAUAAUAUAUUUUGAGGGAGUGUAUGAGAGGUGAUGGUGCCUACUUGUUGCUUUAAGUGGGAAGGAUGGGCUUAUACGCAGCUUCAGUGUAGUGGUAUUAUAUACAUAUGUAGCUUUUGGAAAUAAUUGAGGAAGUCUUGUCUAACUAUAUCACUGGCGAGAUAAAUUAUCCAACGUUGUACAAAAAAAUUAGAGUCCUUGUGCUAUUAUUUAGUAAAGUAUUUUAUUACAGCGAAUCUAACAUUCUUCGGUUGCCUUCUAAUCAUGAACUUAUAUACUACCGACUAUCGAAAAAAUUAUCAGUGAGAUUUUAUUUGAAAUAAAAUCAUAAUAAUGACAGAAAAUGAUAAUAGAAUAAAGUUAUGAUUUCUUCGUUACGACACUAUUGAGAGUGCUUAAAUUGAUCGAUAAGAACUAGCUGAGAAGAGUGUAAUAUUUUGAUGAUAAAUAAACAGAAGAAAGCAAUAGUCGGUAGAACUUGUAUCAUGGCACGCUUACGAUUACGCAAAUAAAAAUUAUUGUAUAUUUUACUGUACCAUAAAUAUCAUUUAUGCAAAUGAGCAGUUUAAAAUUGAAAACAAAUAUUAUAAAAAGUUGUUGAUUUAUGUAAUAUAAUACACUACACGUCUUAAGGUGUAAAGAGGUUAAAUUGAUCAGACAAAACGAAAGCUGAAAAUAAUAUUGGUGAGCAUUUACAACUGUACAGCAUUAGAAAAUCAGAAGAAGAAUUAAAAUAACAGUAAAAAAGAAACAAAUAUUAAUUGAAAAUUUGAUAAAGACGAUUGUGAAUUUUCAGGUUAUAAAAAAUGCUGGCUUCAAAUUAAGGUUUUCUGAGAUACGCAAAACAAUAUGGAGCUUCAUGAUACGUUCAAUCCAAGCUUGGAAAUAAAGGAAGAUUUAGAACUAGAAUCUGGAGAAUCAAACGCUAAAUUUCUAUGGUUCAUCAAGUUUAGGAAUCACGCUGAUAGCGACGAUUUGCAAAUGAUGAAUGUUCUAGAGUCACCUGUUUUUCAUGCUAAACAUGACUCUGCCACAAAAUGGAAAUUGAAGCUAUAUCCAAAUGGGUGCGAAAAUGAGUUCAACGGCUAUGCAUCAAUAUUCCUGUUUCUUAUGUCCAGGGGAGUAUCACAAAUGCAAGCCUACUUAAAACUAUCGAUUUCUAAGGGGAAUGGUGCGUUUAUACGAUUCGCGAUCUUUGAUACGAAUAUGCAUCACGGAGAAUCCCUUGCUGUCGUGGGAUUUUCAAAAUUUGUCAAGAGUUCCUAUUUUGCUAAGAACUACAAUGGCAUCCAUCGAAGAUGCUGCACCGUGUAGAACCAGCGGUUAUUAGGAGAUUGUGAAGAUUUCAACGUUUUUAAAAUUACCUAUAUACUUGUAAUUGUUAUUAAACUCGUCAAAAGUGCUGUGUUUCA